AAAAUUAAAAAUAUUUUCCAUAUGUUAAAACCAAUAGUCUUCAUUAGAUAUAAGGUUAUCUAAAGUUUCUUUAUCUUUCAAGAAGCAACGGUCAUGGAAGGCAAAGGAGCAACCCGGAGCUCUCUCAUAGUUCCUUCUGUUUAAGAAAUGGUGGAGGAGAAGAUGAUCACUGCGGUUCCUCCGAGCUUGUAAACCAUGGAAUGGACUCAACUUUCUUGGAAAAAUUCAAGUCGGAGAUUCAGGAUUUUUUCAACCUUCCCAUGGAAGAGAAGAAGAAGUUGUGGCAACAGCCCGAUGACAUCGAAGGAUUUGGACAAGUAUUUGUGGUUUCAGAAGAGCAGAAACUCGACUGGUCAGAUAUGUUCUUCCUUACAAUGCAACCUGUUCAAUUACGCAAGCCUCACUUGUUCCCCAACUUACCUCUUCCCUUUAGAGAAACACUAGACACGUAUUCGGCUGAAGUGAAAAGCAUAGCUAAGAUCCUACUGGCGAAAGUAGCUGUAGCACUGAAGAUCAAACCCGAGGAAAUGGAAGAGUUGUUUGAUGAUGAGUUAGGGCAGAGAAUCAGGCUGAAUUACUACCCUCCUUGUCCAGAGCCAGAUAACGUUAUUGGUGUAACUCCGCAUUCUGAUUCUACAGGACUCACCAUACUGUUGCAGGUUAAUGAAGUUGAUGGUCUCCAAAUCAAGAAAAAUGGCAAAUGGGUUUCUGUCAAACCUCUCCCAAAUGCUUUUGUUGUCAACAUCGGAGACAUCUUAGAGAUCAUAACGAAUGGGACAUACCGGAGUAUAGAGCAUCGCGGAGUUGUGAACUCAGAGAAAGAGAGGCUUUCUGUGGCAUCAUUCCACAGUAUGGGAUUUGGUAAAGUUAUUGGUCCGAUGAGAAGUCUCGUGGAAAGGCAUGAGGCUGCAAUUUUCAAAAGUGUAACCACUGAGGAGUAUUUCAAUGGCUUGUUCUCCCGUGCACUUGAUGGAAAAGCUUACCUCGAUGUUAUGAGAGUCUAAAGGAAGCAAUGAAUAAUACUAUCAGCUUCUUCUCUGUUUUCCUACUUUCUACAAAUACGCAAUCCCUCUUUCUCACCUUCAAUGGCCAAUAAAUAACGUUUUUGCUUCAUCGCAUUAGUGUUGCUAAA